ACCACAAAAUGAAAUGUCAUUUUACCGGUGAUUGAUACAUUUGUUUUUGUUUUGUACCUUCGUUUGGAGCGCAUAGUCUAGUUGCACAAGAAAAAAUUGUCCUGUUUUAAAAUCGUAAAUGUCCCACAAUCACUCACACGGUGGUGCCUGUGCCCACGAGGCGCUCGGAAUCGAGGAUGAGCUGGAGAUGGGCAUACAGUACAGUUUGUAUGAGAAAAUCGACAUGCUCAAUGUCGAGUGCCUUAACGAGGAAACGGAGGGCUCCGGUAAGACGGUGUUCAAACCUUACAAUCAACGGCUGGAUUUUGAUAAGUUCGUUACCAGCGAUGCGGACGAAGAGCUGCUGUUUAAUAUCCCCUUCACCGGAAAUGUGAAGCUGAAAGGGAUCAUCGUCGUGGGUGCUAAUGACGAUAGUCAUCCUCGGAAAAUGAAGUUAUUUAAAAACAGACCAAAGAUGACUUUUGAUGAUGUUAGUGCUUGCGCUGAUCAGGAGUUCGAAUUACAGCGAGAUUCCAAUGGGGUCAUUGAAUAUUCCACCAAGGUUGUCACUUUUUCGUCGGUGCACCAUCUAUCGAUUCAUUUCCCUACAAAUUACGGAGAUUCCAACACGACCGUGUACUACAUCGGACUGCGGGGAGAGUUUAGCGAAGCGCAUCAUCACGGUGUAACUAUUUGUACGUACGAGUCGAGACCGAACGUGGCCGAUCACAAGAACAACGUUUUCGAUUCAGUCAAUCAUCGGGUGCAGUGAGAAUUGUUUAUAAAGUUUUUUUGAUAAAGUUUAACGUAUUUAUAUCGUAUUGGUUUAUGUAACCAAA